AGAGAGAGAGAGAGAGAGAGAGAGAGAGCGCGCGAGCGAGCUGGGGUGUUAUGUUCAACGCUCUCCCUUCAUGGCGAUGGCGGAAUUGGUCCAAAAGAAAACCAGCACCACUACUAGUACUGGUACUAAUACUCCAUCUCCAUCUCCAUCUCCAUCCAAACCCAAAACUAGUUGUUUCCUCGGUUGCUUCGGAUUUUCCAGGAAAGUGAGCAGCAGCCGGCUUACAACUAGCAGAUCAAAGUCGUCGUUCCCGGAAACCGAUUAUAUCCGAUCCCAUCAUGAUCGUGAUCAUCUUCAUCAACAACACCAAAUUAAUAAGUCUAAUGAUAUCGAGAUGAAAACGAGCACUAGUAGUCGACGCUGGUACUUGAUUUCUUGGUCAAGCUGGAGGUUUUGCGCCAACAAGUCGGCCACCAAAACCGUCCCCAUCGACGCCUCCGGUACGGGGACUGGCAAACGGCAAGUUAAAUUCUCUUUGAAGAAAAAAAAGUCAAAGUCAAAGUCAAACUCCGAGUCUGGUAAGCUCGUCUCCAACGCCGAACGUACAGUCUCGGUCACGGACGCAAAGCCGCCGGGUGGCUCAAGUCAGAGAGAGGAUGUGCUGCUGCUGUCUACAGUCUCAGACCCGCAGCAGACCCAAAAACCACCUCCACAGACGACGAGCAACACGAUCAUCCUCGAAAAUAGGAGGAGACAAUUGGAGUCUUCCAAAGACGACACGUGUCAAAAGCGGUUGUCAUUUCGCCGGAAAUUUGAUUCUCUAAGAUCGGGAGGAGGAAGAGGAGGAAGCCAACCCGGUUCACCAGUUAAGCAGGAGGAGAAGAAGCCCAAAUCCAGUGGUGGUCGAACAGCCAGCAGCGCGGUGAUGUCGCACUCUGAGUCUUCCCCCAGUCAGAAACGUCAGAGUGGACGGGCCGCCAAUUCCGCUCUGCCACACAAUAAACAUUCCUCCUCAUCCUCAUCCUCCGGGUCGACUGUGAAGGCGAAAGCAGAUGAUGAUCAUCAACAUCAGCAUCAGGCCGUGAUAUUAAUGGCGAGCAAUAAUAAUAAGAAGAAGAAGAAUUCGGACCCACUGGUAGGUAUGUCCAUUAUUGUGGUGACGCUGAUUAUUAUGUUAUUUUGGGGCCGAUUGUGCGCCAUUCUGUGUACGUGCGCAUGGUUUUAUUUCCUCCCUCGCUUCACAUCUUCUUCAGCUGCAGCCACUGCCACUGCUAGUAUUAUUUCGGACUUGGAUUUGAAUUCCGAGGAAUACAAGAAGAAGGUGGUCUUAGAGGGAUUCCUUGAAAGGAAUAAUCACCGCAAUAAUAAUAAUAAUAAUAUUAAUGUAUAAUAUUAUUUCAUGAAUAUCAAUUGAAAACAUCAUGUUAUGUUUUGUUAUGUUAUGUAUGCAAUAUGUAUAUUGUUAUGUUA